UUUAUAUGAGCCUUUGCAUGAUUUGAGGUGUCCAAGAUUUUUGAGGAAGAAGAGUUGUCCCCCAUUUGGGUGUAAUUUUUAUAUAUAUUUUUUAUAUGCAUUUGUGAGAAAUUGCUUAAAGAGGGUUCAUUUGAAUGUUGUAGAUUUAGAAUUUGGGGCCCUUCUGGGAGAUAAGAGAUGGGGUUGUUUUUGUUUUUGUUGUUGGUGUUGUAGUAAUUGUGUGACUUGAAGCUGUUUGUUUUAGUGUCAAAAAGAAUAUAGAGAGUGUGGAGAAUUGAUUGUUUUUAGAUGGGAAAUCAUUGUGUUGCAAGGCCUUCAAAGGAUUGUAUUACUCAAUCAAUUUCAAACUCGAUUUGGUGGUCGAAAUCGACGCGUGAUAUGAUUUCUCAUACCAACAAAGGAGGAGAAGGCGCUACUGGAGCAAAACCUGUGACUAAAGAACCUGAAGGCCAUAGUCUUGAUUUACAGAAGCCUCCAACACCAAUGAAGAUAGUUAAAGAUGUUAACUUAGAGGUUAAGCAAGCGAAUCGGAAAUCUAUGCAAAAGACUUCAAUAAAGAAGCAUGGUUAUGAGGAGACUAGGCAAGAUGAUCCUGCAAAACCAAAGAGGCCUCACAAUGUGAGGAGAAUGGCAAGCGCAGGGCUUCGCACAGAUUCAGUUCUGCAAACAAAAACGGGUCACUUGAAGGAGUACUAUAGCUUGGGGCGCAAGCUAGGACACGGGCAAUUUGGGACAACUUUUCUUGUUCUGGAGAAAGGGACAGGAAAAGAGUAUGCUUGCAAGUCAAUUGCCAAGAGGAAAUUGAUCACAACUGAUGAUGUGGAUGAUGUGAGGAGGGAAAUUCAGAUCAUGCAUCAUUUAGCAGGUCAUUCUAGUGCUGUUACAAUCAAAGGGGCUUAUGAGGACCCUGUGGCUGUUCAUGUCGUGAUGGAGUUGUGUGAAGGUGGAGAGCUAUUUGAUAGGAUUGUUAAGAGGGGGCAUUAUACAGAGAGAAAAGCAGCUCAACUAGCUAGGACUAUAGUUGGUUUUGUAGAAACCUGCCACUCUUUAGGGGUUAUGCAUCGCGAUCUUAAGCCUGAGAAUUUCCUGUUCGUCAAUGAGGAGGAGGAUUCGCCUCUCAAGGCCAUAGACUUCGGAUUAUCAAUAUUCUUCAAGCCUGGGGAUAUUUUUACCGAUGUGGUUGGAAGUCCAUAUUACGUUGCACCUGAAGUGUUGCGCAAGCGUUAUGGUCCAGAAGCAGAUGUUUGGAGUGCUGGGGUGAUGAUUUAUAUUCUGUUAUCUGGUGUACCUCCAUUUUGGGCAGAAACCGAGCACGAAAUAUUUGAAGAGGUUCUGCAUGCUGAACUUGACUUCACAUCAGAUCCCUGGCCUAAUAUCUCUGAAGGUGCAAAAGAUUUAGUCAGAAGAAUGCUUGUUAGAGACCCCAAAAGGCGGUUGACAGCACAUGAAGUUCUGUGCCAUCCUUGGGUUCAGGAAAAUGGAGUUGCUCCUGACAAGCCUCUUGAUUCUGCAGUCUUAACGCGCUUGAAGCAGUUUUCUGCUAUGAACAAGCUUAAGAAAAUGGCUCUAAGAGUCAUUGCAGAAAGCCUCUCAGAGGAAGAAAUUGCUGGACUUAAAGAAAUGUUCAAAAUGAUUGACACAGACAACAGUGGUCAAAUCACAUUUGAGGAACUCAAAAUUGGACUGAAAAGAUUUGGUGCUAAUCUUGAUGAGUCUGAAAUCCAUAAUCUAAUGAAAGCUGCUGAUGUUGACAACAGUGGCACAAUUGAUUAUGGCGAAUUCAUCGCCGCAACGUUGCAUUUAACUAAAGUCGACCAGGAAGAUCAUCUCUUUGCAGCAUUCUCUUAUUUUGACAAAGAUGGCAGUGGCUACAUCACUCCAGAUGAACUUCAACAAGCCUGUCAGGAAUUCGGAGUGGACGAUACUCGCCUAGAAGAUAUGAUCCGAGAGGUUGAUCAAGAUAAUGACGGGCGAAUAGAUUACAAUGAAUUUGUGGCUAUGAUGCAAAAGGGCAACAAUGAUUUGAACAAGAAUAGUGAACAGAAUAGAGGUUUUGGCAUUGGAUUUAGGGAGGCUUUACCAGUUUGUUGACAUAUUAGUGAGGUUUCUUUCUUCUUUUUAAAUUUUGGGUUGAUUUUUUCAAGAUUAUGAUAAACUGUUUUAAGGUUUACUAAUUUUUUGUUGCUAGGGAAUAUAAUAGAUUCAUACUUCCAUUUU